AAAAAAAAAAAAAGAUUAAAUGGAAAAAGGGAAACUGUGUUUCCUCACGCACAUUCUCUGCCCCUCGAGAAAACCUUUCUUGGUUCCAAAAUCCAAAUUCCCAGAUAAACUCUUUUUACUCCAAACAAGCCCUCCCCAUUCGAACCCAACCUCUCCUUCACCAUCUUCAUCAAAAAGCUUCAACCUUUCAAUUAUUAUUCCCCCAAUCUCUUGAAUAGAGCAAAUUGAUUUUCAAGUUUAUAGCUUUGGCAUUGAUGUGAAGGUUGAAGCUGAUUGUAUAUAGGAAUCUAAGUUUUCCGGGAAAAAAAAAAAACUAUUAGUGGUGAAAUAGUGGGAGAGAAAGUUUUGAGGGUUUAGGAAUGGACGGCAUUCAUGGGAAUGAUGUCGGCAUGCAUAUGAGUGAUGCUCAGCAGCAUCAAGUGCAUUUGCAGUAUGUGCAAGAGCACGAUCACCAUGGUUUGCACCAUCUGAGCAAUGGCACUGGAGUGACUGAUGGUAAUGAUGAUGGUCGUUGUGGGGAUGGUGGUGCUGCUGGUGGUGCUGAGAUUGUUGAAGCGGAUGUCCCGUCUGACCCCCGGAAUCUUUCUGAUAAUCGCAAUGCAUUGGUGGAUCAUGGUGGUGACAGUGGAGACCAGCUUACCCUGUCUUUUCAGGGUCAAGUUUAUGUUUUUGACUCAGUUUCACCAGAGAAGGUUCAAGCUGUGCUAUUAUUGCUAGGAGGCCGUGAAGUACCACCAAGCAUGCCUGCAAUCCCAAUAGCUGCUCAAAACAAUAAUCGGGGGCUUGCUGGUACUCCACAACGGUUUAGUGUCCCUCAGAGACUAGCCUCACUUCUUAGAUUCCGUGAGAAGCGAAAAGAACGGAAUUUUGACAAGAAAAUCCGUUAUACUGUUCGUAAAGAGGUAGCACUUAGGAUGCAGCGGAAUAAAGGUCAAUUUACAUCUUCUAAGUGCAAUAAUGAUGAUUCUGCAUCAGCUGUGACAAGUUGGGCCUCAAAUGAGGGUUGGGGUCAGGAUGGUAAUGGAUCACAGCAUCAAGAGAUUGUCUGUCGACAUUGUGGCAUCAGUGAAAAGUGUACACCAAUGAUGCGGCGUGGACCUGAAGGGCCUAGAACCCUUUGCAAUGCAUGUGGACUUAUGUGGGCUAACAAGGGAACUCUUAGGGACCUCUCCAAGGCAACAUCACAGACUGGACAAAAUACUCCCAUAAGCAGGAACGAGAAUGGAAAUGCUGAGACCAACCAAAUGGUUCUUGGAACUUCAGGGAACAGUGGCGAUUCUGCAUCAUAACUUAUUCUGGUUUGGACCAUCAAGGAGAUAAUCAAGAUAAAGUUAAUUAGGAACUGAUUCUUGUUUUCGAUGAUUUUGUAAGGCUUAGUUUCAGAUUGCAUUCCAUGAUUAUGCUGGCAAGUUUUUCCGUGUUCUUGAAUUCGGCAAAUCUUUAACUUCUUGAGCUAACAGACAGGCAGGUCUCUUAGGAGACUAAAGUUGGGAUAACCAGCCAGUUCCAAAGAAUGUGUUGGUGUUGUAAUUGAACAAAAUGCCUGUAAAAUUGAUCUUGUUCUUUCAAUCUAAGGGUAAACCAGUAGCCAGCCAUUCCAAAGAA